CAACGAGAAGAAAAAAAAAAGAAAUAAAAGAAAUAAAUUAAAAGAAAAGAUUAUAACAAGAAAGUGACGAGAGGGAGAGAGAGAGAAAAAGUUUUAUUUUCUCCAUUACGCUUUCGAUCUUUGGGUGGGGAAAAUCAAUAGGGAAAACCAUGUACGAUAGGCGAACGAGCAUGGGUCAUAUAACGUAGGACAGAUAAAACGUUUGUUAUUAUUUUUGAAUCUAUUUCUAUGCCAAUAACAUAUGUGUGCCCUCGAAUUGCAAUACGUGAAGAACGAAGACGAUGUUACGGGAAGAAGAAGAAGAAUUAUUGUCGACGUCGACAGGGACUCGAAUGGCGAAAGAAGAAGUGAUUACGAGUGUUUCAAAACAUUUUGACUCAAGGAUGAAGAAAACAUGUUAGAAUUACGAAUAAUUGACUUUGCUUCUUGACAUCCGUUUGACAUAAUAAAAGAAAAAGAAAAAAAAAAAAAAAAAAAAAAAAAAGCAAAGAAAGAAAGAUAACUUUCGAUUCUCGUUAUACAUUGCAAUCUUUCUACGAAUAUGAUGUUUCGACAGUGGUUAUACGCUUUCCUAUCCCUUUGCAUCUGCAUUCUAUUGCAGUUAGAUUGUGUCGAAUCAACUCACAUUACCGGCACAUUCAACACGAAGGAAUUCUUCCGUUUUCUUAUUAAAUUUGGCUUCCAAAAGACAGAUCGUCACAGACAGAAGGACACAUCUGGUUAUAUAUUUGGGAAUAUAACAAGUAAAAUGAACUUUUCUGUGCCGAUCACAUUGGCUGUACUUGAUCGGAGUCAUUUUUUAGAGUACUAUGGCAAUAGGACUGUAAUAGAUAAAAAUAUUGCUUGUACUCUAAUGUUUAAUACUCUGAAUCAAAGUUCUUAUGAUCCAAACUGUAACGAUGAAGGUCAAGAUUUUCUAAGGCGAAUACCUUGCCCUAGAGGAAAAUUAUGCCAAGACGAAGACUCUAUAUGGAAUAUUGUAAAGGGGCAUCAAUUCACUUAUGUUAUACAGGACUUUUGGCAACCACGUUUCUGGUAUAUGAGUAUAGUAGCAUGUUAUAGAAAUGCAACAACAUGCCAGUGGGAAUAUUAUGACAAGCAUGACAUAUUAGAGUAUGAUAUAUGGCUAGUAAAUGGCAAUCCUAAUACUAGUGGCCUGAACAGCGUUACGUAUCAGUUCUCCUAUGACAGGCAGAAUACUAUAGAACUAUAUUUACUGUUCUUUGUGUGCUAUAUUAUAUUAGUUCCGCUGCAAUUAUAUGCAGCAAGAUUACAAAAACACCCUGUGACACGAUUAUUUACGGCUAGCUUAUUCUUAGAGUUUGUUGCAGUGUGUUUAAUUUUAAUACACGUGUUAAAAUUUUCUCUCGAUGGAGUUGGCUACGAACGAUUAGAAGUUGCCGGCGAUAUUUUUGAUAUUCUCUCACGGGCAUCAUUUAUGUUACUUCUACUUUUACUUGCCAAAGGAUGGGCUGUAACUCGAAUGGAAUUAACAUGGAAGCCCUUAGUUUUUGCUAUAUGGCUAUGUUAUGGUGUAGUACACAUUUUGUUGUAUGUUUGGAACAUGACUGAAGUUGACAUAGUAGAAGACAUUGACGAAUACCAAACCUGGCCAGGUUGGUUCAUUCUUUUAUUCCGAAGUGCUAUAAUGAUAUGGUUUUUAUAUGAACUUCGAAAUACUAUGACGUAUGAACAUAAUACUCAAAAAUUGAAUUUUCUUCUCCAUUUCGGUGCAUCUUCACUAGUUUGGUUUAUUUAUUUACCAAUAAUAGCUCUUAUAGCGCUUCAAGUAAGUGCUCUUUGGAGGUUCAAAUUGUUGUUAGGUAUAACAUACUCUGCUGAUUGUUUUGCUUAUUGUGUAAUGGCACAUUUAUUAUGGCCAACACGAAGUGAACAGUACUUUUUACUCGCCCAAGGUGGAGAUAAUGGUGAUGAACUUGAUGAAUUUAAUGAAGCACCUCAUGUACUAAAUAAUUAUGUGGAACCACCAGAACUCAGUAAAAUUAUCACUUAAUAUUAAAAUCUUAAUUCGGGUAAAAUAUUGAAGAGUAACAUUCAAAAUGUGAUGUAUAUUUGCCAAAUGGUAAAA